ACAGUAGAAAAUGACAGACACGCAAGGGCAGGGAAAGGCAGCUCCAGCCCUACCAAAGAUUAAGAAACAAAGUAACAAAGGUGGGUUGCGUAACGUGGAAAACAAUAGUAGAGAUGCACAGGAAGUGAGAUUGACAAUAGAGCGGUCAAAUCUGGACUUAACAUACUCCUCACCAUGGACUCCGAAAACAAUCCAGAUGGUUGUCAACAAGGAGCUUGAAUCUCAGUACAGGGAAAAGAAGACAGCAAUGAAGGAAGAAGGGCGGCCAGCCAGGGAGCUUCAGGACCACUUUGCGUUUAUUUUGGUGAAAGAUCCAAAGAUAAUGUCAAAGAUAGCACAAGAAGGCGUCAAGACCAAACAAAUAGCAUUCAAUGCACUAGGUAACAGUAAGCUUGGAAUCUAUGUCUGUAAGCAUGCAGAUGUUCAGCUGAAACUUGCAGAAUCGUGGAGAGUUGAUCAAUGCCACCUUAUUGUGUGCAAGGUUAUGUAUGGGAAAUGCAAAUUGGUGACUCCACAAACAGGCACAGAAAUAGAACCUACACCCAACUUUGACUGCCAUGUUUCUCAGGAGAAACCAAAUCCUAACGAUUCCUUUAAUCUACAGAUCACAAAGUCUAUGGUAUACAUGUACGAAUACAAUGAAGAUUAUGAAACAGUUGACAGACCAAAACACUGUGUACCUUAUGCAUUUGUAGUCUAUGAAAAAUCUAGAGAUAAAAGGUUAAGCUCUGACACAAAACCUAUACAGUGGGCAUCUAAACCUAAACCACAGACAAGCUCUCGUCCAUCAUCAGGAAGAAAUGAGGCUUUGAGAAAAUCUAACAGAGAAGCCUUUGAGAAAAGAGUUGCAGGGUUAUAUCAUGCCCCUCCAUUCCCUCACUUGUAUAUUCCACCAGUGGAGAAUCGGAUGAUGAGUCAACAGGGACUGCUUCCCUUACCCAUUGUAAGGCCCUCCAUAUAUAGUGUCCAUCAAACAAGGCAGGAUCCCAGGGUAAGGUCUGCAAGUCAAGACGAUGAUUCUUCAUUAACUAAAUCUGUGGAAGAAUCUACUGCAACCUCCAAAUUGAUAGGAGAAUCUACUGCAGCCUCCAAAUCAGUGGAAGAAUCUAUUACGAUGAAACAAGUAAUUUCAGCUCCCAAGACCAUGGAAGAUAUAGACACUGUUCCGUAUAGCCCUGGUAAAGACCAUGAAGAAAAUGGCGAAGAGUCCUAUGUGGAUGCCAUUCCUACACCUGAGAGGGAAUUGGAGGAAAGCAUUAUUAAAGCAUCAUUCAGAAAAGACACUCAACACCCUGAACAAAACACAGAGGAGAAAGUUGAUCUUUCCAUGCUUAAUGCAAAUUCUGACCAGCUUGAAGCAGUUGUGAAACAUUUAGAAGCGGUAUUAAAAAAGAAACAGGAAGAAUUGAUGAUGAAAGAAAGCAUGGUGCACAAUGAUAAAAGUUAUGAAUCUCAAUUUGAGAAUGAAGAAAUUUCUCAGAUGCAAGACGUUGAUGAAAGAAUUGUUCCUCAGGUAGCAAGUGCAGAGGAAAGUUUUGUCGUGAAUGACAUGGGAGACAUUGAUGAAAGAGUGAGAUCCACUUCUAGCAUGCAAGAUGACUCUUGGAAUACAAAUUUUGCAAAUGCAUUUGGAUUUGAUCCAAGAAAUAUUCCUUUCAAGAAGCCUAUAAAGGACUUACCUAAAGAAAAGAAAGACAAUAAACACAGUAGUGACAUAAUUAAAGAAGUUCCUAUGGAUAUCGAUUCUGACAAUGAAAGUAAUCAUAUCAAAAGUGCAAGCCCACCACAAACAAAAGAUAAUGAUUCAUCUCAAAAAGAAAAGACAGGAAGAAAAGUAUCAUUAUCGGAUUAUAAAGCUAGAAGAAAACAGACAUCACCUAUUAGGCCUAAAGCAAAUGAAACAGUAGGUAGACCAGAAAUUCUCAGCAACAAAAAUUACCAAGGAAAAGAGACAAUAUCUUUAUCUCCUCAGAUAGCGACUUCUACAUAUUCUCAGUAUUUAACUGAAGAACAAGCUAGGUAUUUUCAACACUCUUAUCCACACCAACAAAACAGAGCAAUGGAAAUGGGACACUUGAAAUUUCCACCUUUAGCUCACUUUCCUGAUACCUCAUCCAGUCAAAUCACAGACAUUCAAAAUUCUCAACUGUUGGGCCACUUGUCUUCCAAUCUUCAGAUCAGCAACAACUCUUUACAAUCUCCUACAGCAAGUAGAUCUCCUGGUUCAGCUGGUAGUUCUCAUUUUGGAGGCUUUUUCCAAAGGUCUCCAACUGGUCUUUCUCCUGGAGCAUCAUCAAACCAGCCAAUUGGAAGUAUUUUACAGAAAGUAAAUGUGGAUAUCUCAAACAUCAAAAACAUUUUACAAAGCAUAGCAUCACCAACAACAUCGCCAACCGUCAGUCCAGAAAAGAAUAUUUGGUCCUCUGCUCAUGAAGAUGUUCCAUGGAUGCAGUUGAAAGAGGUUCAGCGACAACUUUCAUUUGAAGAAAAACAGGCAGAGUUGAGGUAUGAUGCCUAUAAUUUGACAACAUCUAAGCCUGAUAAACCUGUUGAGGAUGACGACGAUACAGAUUUUACUUCUCUCAUUUCAAAAAUUAAGAAUCUACAGCAAGAGAUUGAUCAAAUUAAAAAAGAUGAGAAAUCAAAAAAUACAGAGUGGCCUAGUCCAUUGAAAGCAGUGAAAGAACUUGUUGAUAAGAAGUUGGAGGGUAGCAAACAGGAAAUACCCUCUGUUAGCAGAGGUGCAGAUUUACUACAAGAUCUUGAAUAUUUCCAAGAAGAGAACAAGGAAGGUAAUGAUAACCCAAAGAAAGAAAAUGAGGUUAUUGACCUAAGUGGAGAUGGAGUAAAUAUUCCUGGGUUUGGAUUUUCCGAAGAAAGCCCAGAGAAAAACUAUCAAACACCUAUUGAGCACAUUGAAAUUUCAAAGGAACCAGUUAUAGAGACAAUCGACCUUUGUGAUGAUGAACCUGAUCUGCAGAAUGAUGAAAUUCCACUUAAAGGAUCACAAGAAGAAACAGUGGAUUUAUCAGACAAUCAUGAUAGUGAUGAUAACUACCUUGUAAUAUGUGAUCAUUCACCAGAAAAAAUUGCUGAAUCAACAGCAGCAAAAACAAAUCAAAGUUUAGUUGGCUUUUACAAGGAUACCCUUGUUGAUGACGAGAAAGCAAUAAAAGAUAUGCAGGAAAGGUUUCUACAAGCGGAAGAGAAUAUACAUGUAUUUCAAAUGCCAAAGGCCGUUUCUACUCCAACAAAGCAUGCAAAGAACAAUGAAGGAGAGAUGAACGUGGACAAUGAUAAAGAUAUUGGUUAUAUUUCUUGUGAAGGUUCAUAUACAUCAGAAAAUGAUAGUUCUCCUGUCAAGCAGAAGAGAACAUUAACAAAUAAAGCUAUAACUGACGAUGGCAGAAAAACUCCAGAUGAAUUGGGUUUAAAACUACAAGAAAAUAGUGCAGAACUACAUUCAAAGGAAACACCAUCCAAGUUAUCAACAGUUACAAGCUCAACAGAUUUAUCAGCUAGGAGGAGCCCCUCUGAAAUAUCAUCUAGCGAUGAAUCAAGAAGGAAAGCUCAAAAAGCCAAAAUGAAAGCAUACUUGCUGAAAAAGAAAAGGGGGAUGAUUGGAUAUACAAGGAAGAGAAAACGGAAAAAGAAACAGGCGGAAGUGGAUGAUCUUAUUAGUACGACUUCCUCUGACCUCCUGGAUGUCAGCGAAUCUUUGAGUUUGGAUAGAUUUUCUGGUGCCCUAUCUUCAAAAUCAAGAAUGUCUUCACCUCUCGAUAGUGUGCAAAAGCUGAAUACUUUGCUGGUAGACUUGGGAGUGAAACACUGGACAGAUGGUUUGAAAGUCAAAGAACUGCAACCAGUUGUCUACUUAAGAAGGUGCGAUGACCCAAAAUCAGUAACAUCAAACCAGCCUUUGACAAGAAUAAGGUUAGAAUCACAGACAUCAGAAAUAUUGCCUGAUGUGGACAGUCGAUUUCCUCAGCACAAAGAUGACAGAGUUAAAGAGUGGAUUGAAGGAACAAGAAAGAAAAUAAAAUUAACAUUGAAAGACCAGCAAGAGAAUGAAACAGAAAAAGCACAGAGUAUUCCUGUGCUUCAUACUUCAGAGAGAAAAGUUUCAAUACCAGUUUCAGCAAAGCCUGAACAGAAGAAAAUAGAUGAUGUUAAUUCCAGUGAAAAGAGAGACAUAAAACAACAAAUAUUACAGCCUAGUCAAAUUAAAACGGAGCCCUGUUUAAAGCCAGAUGCAGUCUCAGUGACUGUUACAGGAGUGAAAAUCGAAAAUAUACAAACUCAAGGGCAAGUUAGGAACAUCUCCCCAAUCACAGUUAUUUGCUCUAAACCGCCAAUAAUAGCACAAACGAGGGUACCUUCUCCAGUCGUUACUUGUAUGCAAAAUGCAAAUAUCAGUUUUAAACCAAUAAGUGUAACUUCACAAGCACAGCAAUUAGCAGUUGCACAACAAGACUUGUUUACUCCGCGAGUCGUUAGACUUUCAUCGAGUGCUCCAUCUCAACACAGCUUCGUAAUUCCCACGAUAAGACCCGAGUCAGAGUUUCAACAAUCAACAACCAGAUUGGUGACCUCAUCAUUCACAAAUCUCUCGCAACAGGCACCUCACCAGUCUGUCAAUCAGUUGACACCUACCUCAUACAAUAGCAAUCUUGCCAACCCAUCAGGACUCACAGGAGCUUAUCAUGUAAUAAAUCCCAUUUCUUCAACUCCUCAAAGACCACCUGUUGCACAUCCAUCUCCAUGUAUUCAGCAAAGUUUAACAGUCCAGUCUUCAAUUUCUCCUUAUUUAUCUUCAGUGCCCCAUCUCUCAGGGGCUCCAUUAGCUGUCUCUCAAGGACAAUCAACAGUUGUCAAUACACACCCAACCGGGCAAAAUGUUUCAUCUCAAGGAAACACACUUGUUGGUAAUAUUUCAGUACGUCCUCAGAAUGCCCAUGUUUCACCUAAUGAGCAGAUACUACAGAGCAACUUAGUACAAGUAUCUAAAACAUAUGGUAUUAAUCCUAACUUUCCACCACCAUACAGAUACACGUCUGCAUCUCAGCAACCGUUUUCUAUCCAAAGAUUUCAAACUCCAGUUACUCAAUCUGUAUACCAAGGUUCUUAUCACCCUCUGCAAUCAUCAAUCCAAAAUCCUCCUCAGCCAAAUCUACAAAGACCUUUGUAUACAAAUCAACCUCAUCAUCAGCAAUUGAACCAAAGAGCAACAUUUCAACCUGUUCACCUAGGAAUUGCAGAUAACCAGGGAGUACCGCCUCAUCCUGGUCUUCAGGUUGUGCCACCACCACCAACUCCCCUUUCUCAAGUUACACCAUCUCAACCUAUUCAUCAGAACCCGUCUUCUUACCCUAAAGCAUCCUUUGGACAGGUACCUGCAUCAUCCUCAUCCACUUUAAGUGCAACUUCUGAUACUACGGCUGCAAAAAGGAAAUCUACAGAUGUUAUGGAUUGGUUUGCUGAGAAAUUUAUACCAAAGAAACAUGUGAAAGAGAGUGGGUCAAGCAGCUAUACUGAUACAUAUUCUGAUACUGAUUCUAGAAGUUCGAGAAGAUCAAGAUCUCGAAGCCCAACUGACACUUAUACUGAAUCAUCACUAUCCCCAAGCCCACGGAAAAAGCGAUCCGAUUCUUUUUUAGUCUAUGGCUGCCAGCAAGGAGCUGGCAGAAAUGAAAUGAAUACGAAUAUGAACGAUGGAAGUAUGGUUUCCCCACAAAUGAAAGAUAAGUCACCAGAAAGAGUGAAGUAUUCACUUGUUUGUGACGAAAAACGACAUUCACCAGACAGGAGGAAACUGCCUGUAGAAAAACAGAAUUCUUCAGAAAGUCGAGGAACAGUGGUUGUAAAUAAUAUGAAUGGGAAAGAACGGUUAGAAAAGAGUCCAACAAGGAUUGACUCCCCAUGUAGUCCUGUCAAAGGAAAACCUGUUGAAGAAAAACCCAAACCAACAUUUAGAAACACUUUUAGGCAAAUAACAAAUAAUGUGCAGCAAUCAGAAAAAGAAAUUGCAGACACUCCAGCGAGUCCCGACAGUGACACUCGAAAUGUUUUAUUUGAGACUCCUGCAAGUCCCGAGCAAGAAACACCAGCAAGUCCAGAUCAUAAUGUUUCAGAAAUCCCACAAAUAUCUUAUGAAAUCAUUGAAUUGAGCGAAAGUCCAGAGAGACCUACAGAUGAUGACAAAAUUGAUCUUUUUGAUACUUCAAUCGAUAGACUUGAUCGUAAACGAGAAGCAAUCAGAAAACAAUUGGAUGAUUUAAGAUCAAAUUCAAAUUCGCCUCGGGUGAUCAGGAAUGUUGAACUGAAAUCCAAUGACUUAAUAGAGAUUUCUGAUGAGGAAUUGGAAGAGGGGGAAAUAGCUGAUGAAAGUAAACGGAAAGAAAGCGGUUCUGAUAUUGACAGGCGAGUUGUUGCUCUUCAUGGAACUGAAGAUUCCAAAGAUAAAAUUUUGAGCAAAUAUCAUGAAGGAUUAAGUGUGACUGUAAAUGCUAAAGGAAAACCAGAUCAAGGAGAUAAAAACAAAAUUAUGAAAACACAAAUGUAUGACAUGAAUAAUUUUGAAAAAGUGAAUGAAAGGGAUAAAAGCUGGUCUUCAGAUGAUAGUGAUCGUGAAAAGGACAGAAAUAGUCGUUCAAAUAGGUACGGCUAUAAUUAUAGGUCGUCAAGAAGAGAUCGAUAUUCACGCAAGUCACAUGAGUACAAAUCAAGAUAUAAGUCACGAGGUCGAAGUUCAAGUAGUGAUAGGAAGUAUAGAUCACAUCGUCGUAGCUGUAGCACCAAAAAGCGAUACACAUCUCGUGGUCGGAGCUCCAGUAGUGAAAGGCGAUAUAGAUCACGUAAUCGAAGUUCAAGCAGUGAAAGACGGUACAAAUCACGUGGUCGGAGUUCAAGCAGUGAAAGACGGUACAAAUCACGUGGUCGGAGUUCUAGUAGUGAAAGGCGUUAUAAGUCACGUGAUCGCAGUUCCAGUAGAGAAAGACGACAUGAGAAAUACAAGAGAUCCAAUAGAUAUACUUAUAGAGAUUAUGGCAGUGAUUCUAGCGAAGGAGCAACCAAGAAAAAUAUUAACAGGGAUAAUUCAGAAGACUUUGUUGAAGCUAGAACACUUCCGAGUCAAAGCGAAUCGCGCAACAAGGAUGAAAAGCUCCAAACAGAUAAAGUAUCAAACGAAAGGAAGAAAUACAGCACCUCAGCGGCAGCAAGUGCUUGGUCUGAAAUGUUACGACAAAAACCUACGAAUAUUGAGGUCAUUAAGGGUGACAGAGGAAGUAAAGAUAUGCCUAUCUCAACUGAAGACGACUUAAACGUGUACAAAGAGCUAAAAGAAUAUUUAACGAAUAAAAACACUGAUGCUAAAUCAACCAUCCAAAGUGGAAAUAGGCAAAUUAACGUAUCUGAUCAGGCUAAAGAAGCUAAAAGUUUUGUCCGAGUUAUUCGAAAUAUGACUUCUACAGAGACGCUUAAAUCUUGGGCAAUCAAGGAAUUUAAAUUUAAUACAGAAUCCGAAUUUGAUGAAAUCGCCUCUCAGAUAACUGUUAAUUUGGACUUGGAGAUAGCGCAGUUAUCGAAGUGUCAAAGAAAAGCAACCAAGGCCAAACUACGGAAAGAAGUCGAAAUUGCAAUGGAAUCAUUGCGAAUUGAACGUCUUGGCGCAAACCAUUCAUUUCCCGCUUCUUCGGCAGAGAGCGUUGUCAAAAAUGACAGGAACGCAUUACAAAUCAGACCUUUUGAGCCUUUAAAUAUAAUGAAAAAUUUGAUAGAAAAAGAACUAGAGAUAGUUCGCGAUCAUCUGAAGAAACUGUGGCAUUCCACACAAGUGUUGAUUGAUGCUUCACAUCCUGGUUCCUCGGGGGCCCCAACCAUUGAUAAAAGUGCCCAUUUAUUUUCAAUAAGACAGGACAUGCAACAAAUAGAAACGGACCUAGUUCAAAGAAUUACAACGUAUGGGGCGCAUUACGGAGUACCAAAUCGCCGAGUACCAAACGAUUUAUUGACCGAUGAGGAGAAAAAUAGUCACUUCUCUGAGGAAAGUUUAGUACUGGUAUUGUCCGGCUAUAUUCCCUCAAAGGCUUUUCAAAAACUCACGGCACUGCGAGAAAAACUUGAAAACUCAAAGAAAGAUAUUGCUAAAGCAGAGUCAUCGCAAAAUAAAGAACAGUUAGUUAGACUGAGAAUGGGUAAGGAAGAGAUUCACAGAGCCAGAAAGGCCAUGAUGUUAUCCUUCACUGGGCCUCUAUCAAAGAAAAGGAUUCAAAAGAUUAAAACCAAGGCAAAGUGUUACAGAAACUGCAUAGAUUAUUUUAAAAAGGAACUGGGUGAAUUUGAUGCAGAAACUCACCUGAGGUACCUGAUGAUAUCCCUGCAAGAUCUGGAUAAACACUUCAGUUUAUUAACUCAGUUACAGGAGGAACAAGAAAAACAAAAACAAGAAGAAAUAACUCAAGACAUUCAUCUGAAGAAAAGAAGAGUGAUGGUAGACAAAUUUCAUGAUAACUUUCGAUUUGUCGACAACCAGUUGAACAGCAUGUUUGCGAAAUAUCAAUUUACGAACCCACACGUGUUGCCAGCCAUUACGGAUGUUUCCAAAAAGAUCAAAGAAGCCUUGGUGUUAAUAGAUGCCGAGAAAGACUCUAAGAACAUAUCUGUUAACACCGUUGCCCAGUUAGAGCAAAUUCUGAAAUCGUGCCUAACUGGCUACGAAAAUGUUAAACAACAAAUAGUUGACCUUGAAGUGAGUAUUCGGUCACAUUAAGCAGAAUGAUAAAUAUUUUUGCUGUCGCAUACAUGUACCUUCGUUAUACCAGCGUUUCUUCUAUUGUGUAUCGUGUUGUAUUGCAAUAUUUUUAAUCUGUAAAUUAAUGAAAUUAAUCCUAACUACAGAAUGUUAGGCAACAAAAAAAGGCAAUUGAUGUUGUAGCUUUUGUAACUCUUUUUUAAAUUCUCCGGUCUUUCUACCACUGCCCUCCUAAUGUCUCCAGUUUAAAUAUUUAGCAGUUAAAGUUUAUGACAACUUCAGCAUGAGUAUUUGUGUGUUGUACAUUUGUGAAUACACUAAAUAAUCUGUUAUUUCAUAAAAUUGAAUAAGACAAUAGUUUUAAGCAAUUUUGAAAAAAACAAAAAACAAAGCAACCUGUAUUUAAAUUUUAACUUAGUAACUUAGUGUCUUUUCCCCCGAACUGAUAAUGUUAAAAUAUCAUAAAAGAACCGUACUAUAUAAUUUUCACAUAAUGAAUUCAUUUUGCAUGAUUAGGGUCUGUUGUUCUUAUAUUGUAGUUCCUUGUUUUUAGAUAUUAUAAUAGCAUAAUUAAAGCAUGACUUAGUUCUUAGAACUAAGCACAUUAAAAUGAUCUGAUAUGUUACCGACAUACAUGUAGUGUAAUUAUUUAACCAGAAUUACUGAACUUUUUAAAUUGUAAUAUUUACUGACAAAUCACAUGUGCAUCUGCCAUUAAAUUUCUCAUAUAUAUCAGCAGUUACGAAUAAGUUAAAUCCAUUUGGGAUAUUCUGA